AUGGGAUACCGCUACCCUGCGGGCGGCUCUGGAGACGCUACAAUAGUUGAGACUGUUCAAUUAAUGGAGGCUAUUAGUUUAAACGACUGGUUAUUUCUAAAUAAUCAAAAUCCCCGGAUCCCGGCCGUACGAGCGAAGGAAGCCUCCAUCACCAACUCUGCCCUCAAAACUGUAAUCCGCUUUAAGAGGCAGUUUUUUUUGGGUUUAGAUGAUUACCACCUAGGUCGCCGCCGACGCCGCAAGCAGUCUCCCAGUUCUCCAGUAGAAAGUGUACAAGCAAAAUCUGCGCGCCAUUGUAACCCCCUUCCUAAUGAAUGUGAUGUACCUCUCGUUGAGGAUAAUGGAAAUGGCGCACCCGUUAACUGGACUUUGGACAGCAGUCAAUCAGCUGAUCAGCACAAUAUACCCAACAUUUGUCCCUCUCCAUCACGACCUCCUUCCUCGGCACCUACGAAACUUGGCCAAUCUACGCUACUCAACCUUACAGAACCGCCUCCCGCAAAACCUCGAUCUGUGAUUGCCUUCGAUGUCGUUCGAGCCGCCUUCACCAAGCGCAUUCGUCUAGAGGAUUUCCUGACUGAGUGCAAAUGCGCCGACUUCUCCUUUGCCGCCAUGGACCGGUCGCCUGUCGCGCGGAUGAUGGAGGGCACCGAUUACGUAAUCGGCAUUAUGGCUUACGAACAAAGCCGAGAGUCCAAGGUUAGUCCUAUCACAUGUUAA